CCAAGAGAGCGCGCACCGGACUCGAGUAGUAUGACUGCUGCCACACUGCGCUCAGUACGUGGACACGGACAAAUAUCAAUAUUUCUUGUGUUUUCUGAAAUACGCUGGGAUUAUUUUAGCGCUUAUCUGCAGGAGUGACAGUAAAAUAAACAGAAAGAUACAAUCAGAUCUCAGCAGACUCCAUGUAAGGAAUUUAAUGCAUGUUUUCUGCGCGCGUACAGCGAAUUGCGCCCCGUUCAGCGGACAAAGUUUAUUUCUUCUCCACGGUCCCACGAAGCUGGACCGGAAUUUGAAAUUAACACACCUGUCAGAAUAUAUCGAUGUGACAGCUCACAGAACCUUGGUGAAGACUGUAUGGAUGUAGACAUCCCCUUUCCAACAACACAAAAGGAUUUUAUUUUUUUUUUGGGUGUGAUAUCCUCUUUUCGAAGUUCUCUUCUGGAAUUGUGGCCAAUAUUUAAAGACAUUUCUCCAGAAUGGCAUCCAGCCUUACAUGUACUGGGAUGAUCUGGGCACUGGUGUCCCUGCUGAGUGCAGCAGCUUCCUGUGUGGGGUUCUUCAUGCCCUACUGGCUGCUUGGCUCACAAAUGGAUAAGCCAGUGUCCUUCGGUACUUUUCGACGCUGCUCGUACCCCGUUCGGGAUGAGAGGCAGGCUACAAUAAUGCUGGAACAGUGCGGGCGCUAUGCAAGCUUUCAGGGUAUCCCAAGUGUGGAGUGGCGGAUCUGUACAGUCAUGACAGGGGUUGGAUGCGGCCUGCUGCUGCUGGUGGCACUCACAGCGGUCAUGGGCUGCUGUAUAUCAGAACUGAUCUCCAGAACAAUUGGACGUGCAGCAGGGGGCAUGCAGUUUCUUGGAGGUCUGCUCAUUGGUUCAGGAUGUGCUCUGUAUCCUCUUGGGUGGGACAGUGAGGAGGUCCGGCAGACAUGCAACAACAGCUCAGAUCAGUUUGAACUUGGCUCUUGUCAAAUCGGCUGGGCAUAUUACUGCACUGGGGCUGGCGCCACCUCAGCCAUGUUGUUAUGCACUUGGCUCGCUUGUUUCGCAGGGAAGAAACAAAAGCAAUACCCAUAUUAGAAGAAACGACCGGAACUACAGUCUGAACCACAGCAGGACAGAUCCCUUGGUGGAGACUGACUGUGCAGCCUAUGGCAUGAUGACUUUACAUUAAUGCAACUUUGACUCAAAGACUCAAAAUGCUCAUCUGGACUUUGUGUGAUUAAAAUGAGCAUGAUUCAAAGAGAGAAGCAGUACUGCUCUCUAAAAUAACUAGAGAGUAUUUCAUGUGAAAGGACCAAUUAUUGUGUGUAUGUGUCUUUUGUUCUUGUCCACUGUUGUGAAUAUUACAGGUAUGCUUUUUUAAGCUUUGGUUUAGGUAAAAAAUACACUUUAGAUGAAGUCUGCAUAUAUAAAGUAUUAUAUUUAAUUAUAUUUUAUAUAUACUAUAAACAUACAAUUGAAACUAAAUCUGACAUUUAAAAAAUGCUUAAUUGAUUAAAAUUAUAUUUACAGUCAAUUAAGAUUUAAAAAAAUUUAAUAAUUUGUUGGCACAGAUAGCCUUUUGGGCACUGUGUCAAUUUGCAGCACUGUUACGCUUUAUCCUGGCUUGUGGAUAUUCCCUGAUACCUUCCUCCCUCUCCCUCCCCCUUCAUUUCCUCACAAUUUAAGAUGUGGUGUUUAAAACCACUGGGUUCAUUGCAGAGUAAAGUAACUACUGUUGCAUCAAUAAAAGCGAAAACUUCAAAAAUAAAACUUUAAAAAGUUGUACUAGUAUGUUGUUAUGGACAGCAGUGAAAAAGUUUAGUAAUCAUUAUCUAAAAACAUUUGACCACUCCAGAAUAAACUAUUCGCUGUUUACAUAAUGACAAUUAUGACGUGUAUUAAAAAUUAUAUAAAGUAAUAAAAAAUAUAUAUAUAGAAUUAUAUAUACAAACUUCAUGUAAAUUGUUAUCAAGGAUUUUUCAAGAUAUUAAUCAUUAUUGUGUUUAUAUUUACAUAUCCAUUGUGAAUUACAAUAAUAUUUAUGGUUAAUAUCUAUAUAUUGCCUUUUUUGUUUCAGCUUAAUUUUUACAUUAAUGUAUGCUAGAAAUAUAGAAUACAAUAUAUGUUCUGAAAUAUGACUCAUUGGCAUUGUGUUAAGAACCAUUGCUUAUUUGAUUCAUCUUGUGUUUGUGAAUAAAAUCUG